CCGAAGUAACCGCGGAAAAAGUCGAGCGAACCCGAAUGAACCCGAUCUAUAAGCGAGCACAAAAACAGGACAUCAACGAAAACACAUUUGCCACUUUUUCAUACCGCCUAAACAUUGUAACUGUGUUACAAACCAAAUAUUUGUAUUGUUAAAGAUUGUCAUGUUUUAUAGAAUAUUGCAUUUCUAUAAACAAUCUAAAAAAAGAGAGAACAAAAUAGAAAUGAUAAGUACGUCAUACGAGGUCAGGGGUCAAAUAUGAGCACCAAGAUGGUGGUUCAGCCAGUGGUUUAUGUUCGUCGAGUAUAUUUUGAUUUUAAAACGUGUUAAUCAAAGAAAUAAGAAAGAAACCUCAUAAUGGCCGACGGUGGAGUUGACGAGCUGCAGAAACUCGAAUACCUUUCCUUGGUUUCCAAGGUUUGUACUGAAUUGGAUAACCAUCUCGGGAUUAGCGACAAAGAUUUGGCUGAAUUUGUGAUAAACCUGGCUGAGAAGAACCCCACGUUUGAUUCCUUCAAAGGAGAGCUGGUUAAAAAUGGAGCAGAAUUCACAGAUUCUCUUAUGAGCAAUUUGUUGCGUCUCAUACAAACAAUGCGACCUCUGGCGAAGCCAUCUUCAAGCAAAGGGAUGGAACCAGUGGUUAAACCAAAGUCUGAAAAAGAGAAGCUGAAGGAGCUCUUCCCUGCCCUGUGCCGGCCAGAUAAUCUGCAUACAAGAAUUACUCUUGAUGAUGAUGAUGUGAAAGUAGCAGCCGAUGCCAUGAAAGAGCUUGAAGCGUUCAUGCCCAGCAUCAGUGAAGAAAAACCAAGAAGCAGUAGACACCGUUCUGAUGAUGGUGGAAAGAGAAAGAAACGGAGCAGGAGCAAAGAUCGAGACAGAGAGAGGGACAGGGACCGUGACAGGAAGAGGCGUCACCGCUCCCGCUCCCGCUCCCACUCCAGGUCCAGGUCUCGCUCCCGGGACAGAGGGAAAGGGAAAUCUCGCUGGCGAUCCUGGAGCAAAAGCAGGAGCCCCAGCCCCAGCAGAGAGCGCCGGGACAAAGACAAGGGAGCUGACCGCUGGAAAGACAAGCAUGUGGACCGGCCUCCUCCCGAGGAACCCACAGUGGGAGACAUCUACAACGGCAAAGUUACCAGUAUCAUGCAGUUUGGCUGCUUCGUGCAGCUGGAGGGACUGAGGAAACGAUGGGAAGGAUUGGUUCACAUCUCGGAACUCAGAAGAGAGGGGAGAGUUGCCAAUGUUGCAGAUGUGGUUAGCAAAGGUCAAAGGGUAAAAGUCAAGGUGCUGUCCUUUACCGGAUCUAAAACCAGCUUAAGUAUGAAGGAUGUAGACCAGGACACUGGUGAGGACCUGAACCCCAACAGGCGUCGGAACAUGGGUGGAGAGGGCAGCGAGGAGACAACCAUGCGGAACCCAGACCGACCCAGUCAUAUGUCCCUAGUCAGCAUGCCUGAGGUGGAGGACGACACGCUGGAGCGCAAACGGCUCACCAAGAUCUCUGACCCAGAGAAAUGGGAGAUCAAACAGAUGAUUGCAGCCAACGUUCUCUCUAAGGAAGAGUUUCCAGAUUUUGAUGAAGAGACUGGUAUUCUCCCUAAAGUCGACGACGAAGAAGAUGAGGACCUGGAAAUUGAGCUUGUGGAGGAAGAGCCACCGUUCCUGAGGGGACACACCAAGCAGAGCAUGGAUAUGAGUCCUGUGAAGAUUGUAAAGAAUCCUGAUGGCUCCCUGUCCCAGGCGGCUAUGAUGCAGAGUGCGCUGGCAAAGGAAAGAAGAGAGGUGAAACAGGCCCAGCGUGAGGCUGAGAUGGACUCCAUUCCAAUGGGGCUCAAUAAACACUGGGUAGAUCCCUUACCUGAUGCUGAUGGCAGGCAGAUUGCAGCCAACAUGCGAGGUAUUGGGAUGAUGCCCAACGAUAUCCCGGAGUGGAAGAAACAUGCUUUCGGAGGCAACAAGGCAUCUUACGGCAAAAAGACGCAGAUGUCAAUCCUCGAGCAGAGAGAGAGCCUGCCAAUCUACAAGCUGAAAGAGCAGCUCAUUCAGGCAGUCCACGAUAACCAGAUUCUGAUUGUAAUUGGAGAGACUGGGUCAGGUAAGACGACCCAGAUCACACAGUAUCUGGCGGAGGCUGGCUACACCACCAGGGGGAAGAUCGGCUGUACCCAGCCUCGACGUGUGGCUGCCAUGUCUGUCGCCAAGAGAGUGUCCGAGGAGUACGGUUGCUGUUUGGGCCAGGAGGUGGGUUACACUAUUCGAUUUGAAGACUGUACGAGCCCUGAGACUGUCAUUAAGUACAUGACAGACGGUAUGUUGCUCAGAGAGUGCCUGAUUGACCCCGACCUUGGCCAGUAUGCCAUCAUCAUGUUGGACGAGGCCCACGAGCGGACCAUCCACACUGAUGUGCUCUUUGGGCUGCUCAAAAAGACUGUGCAGAAGCGCACUGACAUGAAACUGAUUGUAACGUCAGCCACGCUGGAUGCCGUGAAGUUCUCACAGUAUUUCUAUGAAGCUCCCAUUUUCACAAUCCCUGGAAGAACAUACCCUGUGGAGAUCCUCUACACCAAGGAGCCAGAGACAGACUACCUGGAUGCCAGCCUCAUCACUGUGAUGCAGAUUCAUCUGACUGAGCCUCCAGGUGAUGUUCUGGUUUUCCUGACUGGUCAGGAGGAGAUUGACACUGCCUGUGAGAUCCUGUAUGAGAGAAUGAAAUCCCUGGGGCCGGAUGUCCCAGAGCUGAUCAUCCUUCCUGUCUACUCUGCUCUACCCAGUGAGAUGCAAACCAGAAUAUUUGAUCCGGCUCCGCCUGGCAGCAGAAAAGUGGUUAUUGCUACAAACAUUGCAGAGACUUCAUUGACCAUUGAUGGGAUUUACUACGUGGUGGAUCCAGGAUUUGUAAAACAGAAAGUGUACAAUUCAAAGACUGGAAUUGAUCAGCUGGUGGUGACUCCAAUUUCUCAGGCCCAGGCUAAGCAGAGAGCAGGCAGAGCUGGCAGAACAGGCCCUGGGAAGUGUUACAGGCUGUACACAGAACGCGCCUACAGAGAUGAAAUGCUGACCACGAACGUGCCUGAAAUCCAGAGAACUAACUUGGCCAGCACUGUGCUGUCAUUGAAGGCUAUGGGGAUCAAUGACCUGCUGUCCUUCGAUUUCAUGGACGCUCCCCCAAUGGAGACUCUGAUCACUGCGAUGGAGCAGCUCUACACCCUUGGUGCUCUGGAUGACGAGGGGCUGCUCACACGCCUGGGGCGCAGGAUGGCUGAAUUUCCUCUGGAGCCCAUGUUGUGUAAAAUGCUGAUCAUGUCCGUCCAUCUGGGCUGCAGUGAGGAAAUGCUGACCAUCGUCUCCAUGCUUUCAGUGCAGAACGUCUUCUACAGACCAAAGGACAAGCAAGCACUUGCUGACCAGAAAAAGGCAAAGUUCCACCAGCCUGAGGGAGACCACCUCACUCUACUGGCUGUCUACAACUCCUGGAAAAACAACAAGUUCUCCAACCCCUGGUGUUACGAGAACUUCAUCCAGGCUCGCUCCCUGCGCCGGGCACAGGACAUCCGCAAGCAGAUGUUGGGCAUCAUGGACAGGCAUAAACUGGAUGUGGUAUCUUGUGGCAAAGCUACAGUCAGAGUGCAGAAAGCAAUCUGCAGUGGUUUCUUCAGAAAUGCAGCUAAAAAGGACCCUCAAGAAGGCUACAGGACCCUUAUUGAUUCACAAGUAGUCUAUAUUCAUCCAUCUAGCGCACUUUUUAAUAGACAACCAGAGUGGGUGGUAUACCAUGAGCUGGUGCUGACCACAAAGGAAUACAUGCGAGAAGUGACAACCAUAGACCCUCGUUGGCUGGUGGAGUUUUCACCAGCCUUCUUCAAAGUGUCUGAUCCAACCAAACUCAGCAAGCAGAAGAAACAGCAGAGACUGGAGCCUCUGUACAACCGCUACGAGGAGCCCAAUGCCUGGAGAAUCUCCAGGGCCUUCAGACGCCGUUAGAGAGACGUGAAGUCUCAGAGACAAGGCAUGGAGGACUGUACAAUGCAGCCUGAGCUGGGACUAAAAUGUGCUUUCAGAUCAUUAAUCCACUGGCAGACAAAAGCAAGACUAUUUAAGAAAAUGUGUGUUUCCCUCAUUUCAAAGAAACAUGAUCAGAACUUUAAUUUCCUGUUGCUUGGCAGUGGUUGUGGAUUGAUCUGUGCUAUGCUGCCAUAUACCGUAAAAAUUGUUGUAAAAGUCACACACCCCUUUAUGAGACUUCAAUAUUAGGAAAACACUUGGGUGUGUUUAAAAUAUAUAUAUAUAAUUUUUUUUUUUUUUUUUUUUACAAUUUCUUACAUGUUCAUCACUGAUAAAUAAAUACACCAGGUUUAGUUUCAAAAUAACCCUUGUGCAACAUUUUAUUCCAUUAAUAAUUUCAGUGUUUUUUCUUUUUAAACUGCAGUUCCGUUCAAGUAAAUUGAAGUGCAAUGUCAAAAUAUAUCAAAAUAUAGAUAUAAUACUACUACUGUAAAUUCCAGUAGUAACAGUGUAAACCACUGACAAGUGGUACUUGAAUGGAUUUAAAAAGUAAAAAUUUAACAGUGCACCAGUAAGUAAAAUAAAGUGAUACAUCUUAGAUCCAGCCUUCUCAUUUCUAGCCAGCGGCCGGCUAAAUUGCCGUCUACUUUGCCAGAUGAGCAGCCUAAAAUUAGUUAUUUCAAAAAGAAAAAAAAAAAGUUUACAGCGCUUGUAUUUUCCAGAAUAGUAUUCAAAAUGUUUAUUUUCUUCCAGUAAAAUAGCAGCAAUUUCCACAAUUCAUUACAUAGGUAAGUCAAGUAAAACAUUCCUUCUUUGAGGGCAUUUAGUUUCCGGGCUUAAGUUUCCAUGGACACCGUGAAUUGUGAUGGACCAAUCAGUUUCGAGCUUACAAGUGAUGUUUUUGGUGAAGGCUGAACUGUACAAUCAUAUACUGUACCUGAGUCAGUGUCAAUACAGCAGAGAUAUGAAAUUCACAUUUUAUUUAAACAAACAACCUAUGUUUUCUAUGUAACAUCAUCUUUUUUACUCGGUGUAUGAAAUACAGCGAGUAUAGGCAUGUUACAGCAUCGUAAAAUGUCUUGUGCAUUGACUUAGAAGAUCGAUCUGAAACCUAGCAUGUACAAUUAAUUUAGGAAGCGAUAUUCGCAUUGCGCAAU